AAGACACUUCUUCCCAUUCGCAACCCAUCCUUCCCUACGCACCGAUAUACUCGCAUACAAAUCCAAAAUGCCUCCUAAAAGGUUCAUUUCCGAGAAGCCUGGCUCGCGCUCGCGACAGCCAAGGGGAUAUUUUGCGUCAACCUACGAUGCGCUUACUUCGUCUGAAAACGCUUCCAUCGUUCGCAGCGUCAUCGUCUUCGGGGCUGCUGUAUCUUUUCUCUCGAGCUCUUGGGGCGAAUUCCUCCUGCCACCUCAGUAAUCUUGGUUCUUACAAGGUCAAUCGACGAUUAUGUACAACUCGACGUCUCUCUGCUUCUGCGCCCCUUGGCUGCUGUACAAUAAAUGGGGAAGGGGAACUGAUUUCUUGGGAAUACGGUGUUUCUCUGUGCUCGCGUGGCUUGGUCGCCUGUGAGAGGAUGGUCUGCGAACUCGUCUGACAGUCACAAUGAUAAUUUCAGAUCAUCGAGUUCAUGACAAC